UAUAUUGUAUUUUAUGUUUCAAUUCAUAUGAAAUAAAUACACAGACAUUUUGUAAGGAACGUAGAGAACAGUCAUACAACUUUUUCCACAUUUGUAAAAGCUAUUUGCUACCAAAAACUUCCAGUUAAAUUUUAUAGUGCCAAAAAUUUAAAGAUUUCUGGAAAAGUCAGCUGCAGUGAAUUUUUUUUCCUGGAAAUAAUUUCAUUGCUUUUAGUGGAUAAAUUGUUUUUCUGCUGACCUUGACUUUUUUAUGCUUCGGGUUACGGUUAGCAAGUAAUUACUUUUAAGGACAUUUAAAAACAAAAUUGUGUGUGUUGAUUUUUGUAAAUUAUGAAAGCAAUUUCAAUUCUAACACUCAUUAAUACGCAUGGAUUCAUUUAAGAAAAAGAUCAUUCUUUAAUCUAAUUCUUCAUUUUCUUAGAAAUAUGAAGUAUUAAAAAAUAACAUGCAGUCACCUAGCAUUUUCCUUAUUUGUUUUACUUGUGGCAAUGUAUCCAUCUACUCACUACAAAACAAAAAUAAUUGGAGGGAAGAUAGUAACAGUUCCCGUACACAAUAACAACACACACAACUACAACACGCAUGGUUAUCCAUCGGCACAUAGCUAUGGUACAACAACACAUGUCAGAGACUACACACAAGAAAAUGCACAAUACAGAUAUGAUACCUCUUCGAACAUUCAAAUAAAUAUUAAUGCAUCAGCACGACACGAAGCUCAAAAGAAUAAACAACGUGCUAUAGCACAAACAUAUCGCUCAGUUCUCUCUCCUGAACCUACAUACAAGACACAAGCAUGUGAUUCUUGGCAUGCUUCAGAUCCGUUCACCAAUCAAGUUAAGAAAAACAUUUCAUCAGCCUCACGCCAUCAGCUACUAUCAGCAUUUAGUUCAAUGAGAAGACUUGACCCAUAUGAGAAUGGAAUUUUAUCUGGUGUUGAACUACAUGAAGUUCUUGCUGUACAUAACAUACAUGUAGAUCCCCGUUUAACAGAAGCAUUGAUAAAACAAUAUCAAGUCUCCUCUGGUGGUGUUGCUUAUGUUAACAUGUGGAAAUACAUCAUGGAUUGCUUCGCAGACCAAGACAAAUUUGGUACGGCAGAAAAGUCAAAAGUAUACCAACAACAUUUCGAAGAGUAUUAUAGAAAUACUUUGUAUGAACCGUACGAAAGGUUUUCAAAGCCACAUAUACAACCAUCGUUGCAAGCAGAGCUGGAAUUUGAACUUCGACAUUUUGCAAGGUCAAAUCAAAUGUGUCUAAACACAGAGAAUAUUCAGUGUAUAUGUCAAUCUUUGGAUAAAUAUAACAAUGGUAAAUUAUUACACAAACAGGUACUGGAUAUCUGUUACAGAGAGUUGACUGGUAUUGACAUCAAUGUAAUUACAAAAGUAAUUCGAGCAUGUGAUACCGAGAAUCGGGGACUUGUUGACUAUCCUUUGUUUUUAAAAACAAUUUCUGACUGUCAACCAGCUUACCUACCUCCAAUCAAUACAAGUCCAAGAGCUUUAGUAUCUGGAGACAUUGGUACAAUGUGGAAUCCACAUCAAUCCUAUACUAAUAUGAAUAAUCAGCAAAAAAUAGACAUUCAUGUUCCUACAGGAAAUGCUAAGGAGUUAGAAAAGCUUGGUGGAUUGGAUUUGCAUUUGAGUGAUUUCGAAACACAGAUUCAUUCGAAAAAAUCUCCUGUAUUGACCCCAUCUCCACCAAGAGAAGCCUCUCCAAAUAAUGUAAAGUCAGUAUUAGAAACAGCUGUAGAAAUUCGAAAUAGAACUUACUCUAUAGAUUCUAAUAACGACAAUUCUCCAAUUCUACCUGUUACUGACAAGCGGGAAUCUACAAAUGUACGAAACGGAAAAGAAAGGCCCGUUGAGCAAGCUAGAAAUGUUUCUUCACCACAAAAAUCUGCAAAAAGAACUCCUAGUCGUCGACAAUGGAAUGAAACAAAGUUGUUACAGAGUGAACUAACAACAGAUACAAAUAAAUUGAUUAUAAAACAAAAUCAUCGAUCUGUUUCAAAGAUGGAGAAAUGGUGGAAAAAGGAACUGGACUCUAGUGGAAAUAGUGGGUAUGGAUUCAGAUAUGGCCGUAAAACAUGGGGCCAAUCAAAACCAGUAAAGAGUAUAAAAGGAAAAAGAAAGAGAAAACCAAGGAAGUUUAAGAAAUCUGCUGACUCAUGUUUUAAUGUAGUCAAACAUGAACUUACCACAGACUCAGAAUGCUUGACUGCUACUGAUAUGGAUUCUGAAGUUUACACAACAACAGACAUUGAAGUUGGUGAAGAAAUUCCAAUAAAAAAGAAACUUAGUCCUUUCAGAAUUGUGCCUGAUAUACCGUCAAGAAUUGAAAAUGGAAAAAAAAGUUUGAUAACUCAUGAAAAAGAUAAUUCUUCUGUACUCCCAAGCAACAAGGUAGAGUCAGGUUCUUUAAUUGAAGAUAACGAAGGCCAUAAGAAUGGCAUUGUAAGCACAAUAGAGAAAGAAGAAAAAGGUGAAGAUGACAUAGUUGAGAUGGUUGAAAAAGUGAAACUUGUCUCUUUGUCGCCAUCCCCUACUUCUCAUGAAGAGAAAGGCACAAUAGAUAUCAAUGGAAAAAGUUUUUUUGUGUAUCCAUCAUAUGCAAAAACCUCAGUUAAUGAAUCUUCUCCAGCACAAAAAUUACAACUAGAAUGGAUAUAUGGUUACGGAAAAAAAUCAAAUGCUACCUCAACGAAAGAGAUUAUAUUUUACACUGGACGUGUUGUUGUUGCUAUGGAUACAGAAAAACAAAAACAAAGGUUCUACAGAAAGCAUACAGAGAAUAUAACCAGUUUAUGUGUGCAUGCAGACAAAACCACAGUAGCAAGUGCACAGGAAAGAAAAGAUGCAAAGUGCAUCAUUUAUAUAUGGAAUGUCAUUGAUUUAUCUACAACGUCAUCAAUAUUUAUCAUAUCUGAUAAAGUUUUAAAAAUUGUUUCAAUGGACUUUUGCCAAGAGGAUACAACACUUGUAGCUGUGCAAACAACAGAUUCUGGUUUUUCAAUUUGUGUAUACGAUUAUGUAAAAGGUCUUGUGAAGUAUCAACUGAAAGAGGAUGAUCCAUUGCUCAAAGAUGUUCGCUUGGAAGAUGUACUGUGUUCUCCUAUAAACGGGAGUGUUUUUGUGACGUAUGGACGAAAUGAAAGUCUUCUGUUUUGUAACAUUAAAGAAGACUACAUUAGCGGAGAUGCUGCUGAAUUUGGGGCUCUGGAAAUUUCUAAGAAUAUAUUAUGUGCAGUUUUCAAUAAAAAUGGUGAUCUUAUAACUGGUCACUCAAACGGAGGGUUGUAUGUUUGGCGAAGAAACAAAAUUGAUCAUGCAAUUCAUAAUGCCCAUAAUGGACCAAUUACUGCCAUGUGUUUCACAAAACAUGGCUACUUACUUACUGGAAGUAGCAGGGAAGAUGUGGUACUUGUUUGGGAUGAACAAAUGAAAUGUAUAUUUAAAGAAGAUAAAAUACUUAAAAAAAACAAAGGGUGCAGAGAUAUAUGUAUCUAUGACGACGUGAUGUGUAUUGGUACAUCUUCAAAUAGUUUGAUCAAGACAAGCAUUAAUCCUGUCAAGAUAUUUUCUCUUGCUGAGAAAGAAUUGGUCACUCUGUCCGAGUGUCAUGCAGAUGUUGUAAUGGGUAUAUGUAAGCAUCCCUCUUAUAACGAAAUGAUGAUAUCUCUAUCUGCAGACGGUUGUGUUUGUAUGAUAAAUAUUGAAACAAAAGUUGUUGUUUGGAUGCAUCAAGUUAAGGGUAAUGGCUCCUGCAUUUCUUUUCACUCAUUGGAUGAAUUUAUUUUUGUUGGCUGCCAAGAUGGAAGUAUUCAUCUUAUUGAUGCCACUAACGGCACAUUUGUUGAAAAAUUUAAAGACACGCAAACAUCAAUAUCAUGUCUCCAGUCCUCCCCAGAUGGGAAGUUACUUGUUUGUGGUAUGGCUGAUGGAAAAAUUGUUUGUUACAAUUUUGAUGACAAAAAUAAAGAUUUAGAGAUGAAUAUUAUUUUAAAGGAGGACUGUAUUAACCCUAUUGUGUCCAUUGAUUGGUGCAUUUCAAACAGCAUUAUUAGAGCUCAAUCGGUUACGAAAGAAAUUUUUUACUUUGAUGUACUAACUGGAAACGUAGUUGACAAUAAUGAAUCCAUGAUUUGGUCAACAAAUACUUGUACAAUUUCAUACGAAUUGCUAGGUCUGUGGAGAAAGAAAGUAUUCCAUGCGAAAAAUUCGCCUCUGGAUGUAAGUAAGAAGAAAGAAUUAGUUGCAUUUGCUCAUGAAAAUCAACUUUGUUUAGCAAAUUAUCCAUGCGUCACGGAGAAGAGCAUGUUCAUCGGUACUCCAUGUUGUGGAUACAAUGAUUUGGGUUGUAUUUGUUUUACUUUGAAUGGUACACAUGUUGUUACUUCUUAUGAAUGUAACGGUUGUUUGUGGCAAUGGAAAUUAGUUUAAUUUAUCUUCACAAUGCAUGAAAUAGUAAAUUAAUUAAUGUAAUUAUACAGUUAUUGUUCAAUAAGCCAAGUAUUGGUAUUUCAACAAAAGAUUUUAUGUCUGGAUAAUUUUGAUGUGUUUAUAUGUGUGUAUGUAAAUUUUCAAAUUAAUUAUAUUUAUUUUUUCAAGUUGUACACUAUAAUGAGAUAAAAACUUAUUUUUACUAAUGUGUUUAUACUGAUUCGAUAUUUUAUUUUAUUUUUAUUUUUGGAACUUACUAUAUUUUUAAACUUAUUCUAUAUUACAAUAAGUUUUUUUUAACAAGAACAUGAUUUAACCAGGCAACCUAAACUUUUUGUUUUUAUGUUAAC